UUCAUUUUCUUAUAUCUUUCCCCCGAUCUGUUUUAAUCCGCGUCGCUCCUUCUCGAUGGCUCGAUUCCUCUCCGCCGGAGCCCUAGCGGGAGCUCUGGCGUCGUCCUCCGGCCUUGUUGUUAACCGAUCUUGUGUCUCGGUCGUCCUCGGCCUCCGCCGCUUCUCCAGUCGUCAUGAGAAGGUGCAGCUGUUCGAACUGGAGAUCGACGGGGAGGGCUCCGCGUCGGAGGUGGAGGUUCUGGGCAUGCGCCGCCUCGAGGAUGCCAUCCGUGCCGUUAUAGUCCGUAGAUCUGCUCCCGAUUGGCUGCCCUUCGUCCCUGGCUCCUCUUACUGGGUGCCGCCCCGCAGUAAUCCGAUCGCCGAUGAGAAGAUGAUGCCCUCCAUCGCUGCUCGUGGCUCGCCAUCCGCCGCCUACUUUUAUGAAGGUACGCCUCUACAUUCAAGAAAGAAGACCCAGGAGAGGACCAAUGCCCAAUCGGAGGAUGACGAAGAAAGCUAACUAUUACCUAACAUUAUUCAUUUGCGGUGAGAGCUUUAGUUGUUGUUGUUAUACAUCAUAAAACCAGAGAACCAAGUUAAACUUACUCCAUUUCCAAGUAUUUGAGUGCAAUAUAUUGAUGGAAUACCAAUUUGCUCACUACCUAAGCUAUAUAAAUGUCAAACCGCGUGUUCUUAAGA